GAGUGUAGACUGAAUAGACCGAAUGUAAAGAAUGUAAAUAUUAACAUGUAGUCUAUCUAAUUUGUACUUACCUUUAAACUUAAAGAAUUUGAAAAAGAAACGAAGUCCACAAGGAAAUAUGGUGGGGGAAAUUGCCAAUCCAACUCCGGUGUUCAUUUACCAUACAAAAUAGCAAUCGGUUUGUUUUUCCUAUGUUAAGGUCAUUGUUUAUAUAACAAUUACUAGUGAACGAAACGUAAAGAAAACUUUUAAACGAUGAAAAUAUUUUAGGUGUCCAUUGAAAAAGUGAAUUUAAAUAAUAAUAAUUAUAGUCUUUACGAUAUUAAACGUGGAAGAUAAAAUUAGAGUUCAUAGAACAAUAAAUUGAGGUUAUGUGGUGAGACGAGAAGGAAUGAAUAAAAACAAUGAAUAUCGAUGAAGGUUAUCAAAAUUACAGCGAGAAAAAAUAUAUACGAUUCAAGUCGACUAAACAAUCGGAUAUUGAUACGAAUAAAAUUGACGAUGUACAAAAUCAAUUAAGUAUUGAAGAACAACAAAGGAGAAAGCAAGGUGUAUCUCUUGCACGAUUUUUACAAACAGAGUUAACAAGAGGAUAUCAGUUACAAUAUGACGAGGAAAGAUUCUCUGCAAGAAGGGAAAAAAUUUAUUCGUUUAUGAAAAUCCCUAGAGAAGUUGAAAAAUUCAUGACCUAUGGCUUCCUGCAAUGUGCAGAUUCCUUUCUCUUUGUAUAUACAUUUUUACCAUUAAGAUUCGUUAUGGCGUUAUGGACAAUUGUUACAAGACAUCUGCGGUCCUGUUUUGGAAAGAAGAGGGGGAGUCUAAGAAACGGAGAGAGGCACUUGAGGCCAGCAGAGAUUUGCGACCUUUUGAAAGGAAUUCUGGUAAUCAGCUGUUGGGCAGCUACGUGGAAGGUCGACACUUCCAUGAUGUACCAUUUAGUGAAGAGCCAAUCAGUGAUAAAACUGUACAUAUUUUAUAAUAUGCUGGAAGUUGGCGACAGAUUGUUCAGUGCUUUUGGCCAAGAUACGAUAGAUGCCCUCUUGUGGACUGCUACAGAACCUCGAUCGAAGACGCAAACUGGGCCUCAACAUUUGGGCACUCUGCCUCAUUUGUUGUUUGCCAUUGCCUAUGUUUUAUUACACAGUGUAUUGGUACUUUUUCAAGCAACCACUCUGAACGUCGCGAUAAACAGCAGUAACAAAGCUUUACUUACUAUAAUGAUGUCCAACAACUUUGUAGAAUUGAAGGGAUCCGUUUUUAAGAAAUUUGACAAAAAUAAUCUGUUUCAACUGUCGUGUGCAGACGUAAGGGAACGUUUUCAUUUAAUGAUGCUUCUUCUGGCUGUGAAUCUUCAAACAAUGAAAGAAUAUGCAUGGAAAGCGGAACGUCUUGCAGUAUUAUUGCCAGAUUGCAUUUUGUUACUCUUGGCCGAAAUUCUUGUAGAUUGGGUGAAACAUGCAUUUAUAACUCGUUUCAACGAACUCAGUUCAACAGUUUAUAGAGACUACACUGUAAGUCUGGCUUACGACAUGGCUCAAACGCGUCAGGAAACAGCUUUUUCCGAUCCCUCGGAUUUGGUGGCCCGCAGAAUGGGUUUUAUUCCUCUUCCCCUGGGCGUAGCCAUAGGAAAAGUGCUUUGUACCACCGUCACACCGUCUAUGAAACCGGCGAAUAUAAUUCUAUUAUUAUUGGCGUAUCUAAUUUUAGUAGCUUUAAGAAUUCUAAACAGUUUGGUGAUCCUUGGCAAAGCAUGCAAUUUGAUUUCGUUGCAUUCAAAAGAUUCCGAUGGUACUACGUCAUCUUCAAAAUAUUCUUUAAUUAGUUCCGACACGAAAAAACCAAAUUUAGCUACUGCAAUGUUUUCUAAUAGUGCUGUCAGUUUGAAUAACGUGUGUUUGAAUGAUACUGUGCUGGAAGAAAAGAAACAAGAAGACAACAAAGAAACGGAAUCCAGCAAAGGAAUUUCGCAGUAAAGAUCGUUUCUUUCGUUGUUAUUAAUUACGAUUAAUGAAACAUUUUUUAAUUCAAAAUAAAAGAGUUUUAUAUACGAUUAUUCUUGGAAUCUAUCUGUAAUAAAAAAGUACCUUGUAUUUACUGGGACUUUGAAGGAUUGUCUUCGCAGAAUUUAGAUAAUUAUUAUUUUGACAGAAAAUUUGUUUGAAACCUCGUUCUGUUGUUAUUUUGUUUUCUGAACGAUGGCUAGUCUUACGUUAUUUCGACCCGACUAUGGAAUUUGUAUAUUGUUAAUAUAUUAUUACAAAAGAGUAAGUAGUAACAAUACUAUUUACGAUACUAUAAUUAGUUCGAUCGAUGAACAUAUUUAUUAUUAAUUAGUUUUUGUUAUUGCAAUCUACAUGCGCGCAAAAAGUAUUUGGCGUUAUGCGAGAAAUACUCUUAGUUGAAUAUUAUUAUAUUUUUUAAUCGGUAUAAGUAAAUGUAAAAAGAACCGAAUGUAUUUAUGUAUUUCGUUCAAAAAGGGGGAAUGAAUGUAAAAAAU